ACUGAAGUUCUCCUUUCACAGGCAAUAGGGCAGCUCUGCUCGACAGCAUCUAUGAGCCACAACCUAGCUCUCUGUCAAACUCUAGUAAAGAAAGCUGUCGAAGCAGGUGCAAAAGCACUCUUCCUCCCAGAAGCAACAGACUACAUCGCCUCCUCGCCCGCGGAAUCCCUAUCCCUCGCCCUCCCCAUGUCCAGCUCCCCCUUUGUCCUGGGCCUGCAAAAGUCAGCCCUCGAAAACAACCUAGCCAUAAACGUUGGCAUCCACGUGCCGGCCUCCAACAACAAGCUCUUCAACCGCAGCUGCUGGAUCAACGAGAGAGGAGAGAUUGAGAGCUAUUAUGAUAAGUUGCAUCUAUUUGAUUAUGGGGCGCUGAAGGAGAGCAAUAGUGUUGAGGGCGGGAAGGAUAUUGUGAGGCCAGUGGAGACAGUUGUCGGGAGGGUGGGGUUGAUGAUUUGUUUCGAUCUCCGUUUCCCAGAGACCUCUAUAGCGCUCAAACGUCAAAAUGCACAAAUCAUCACAUACCCAUCCGCGUUCACGGUGCCCACUGGGAAGGCGCACUGGGAGAUACUACUCCGUUCAAGAGCGAUCGAGACCCAAGCGUAUGCGAUUGCUGCCGCGCAAGUCGGCGCGCACAACGAGAAGCGGACUAGUUAUGGACACUCGAUGGUCGUUGAUCCUUGGGGCAAAGUGUUGCUUGUCAUGACUGGGGAGGGCAAGGAAGCGGAUAUUGGCGUUGUGGAUAUUGAUUUGGAGUAUAGGGAGAAGAUCAAGAGUCAGAUGCCUUUGCUGAGGAGGACAGAUGUAUACCCAGAAGUGUGA